CAAUAGAUCUGAUUCGGCUAUUGGGUUGAAGUGUUUAUGUAUUUGCGCUAUUGUGCGCUGACAUUUCGUUCGUUUCGGGUCGAGUCGUAUCAUUCUCUAACAGAAAGACAUUUGUUUAGACGCCAUUGUUAAUCCAUUGAUCAAAUUGAGCGCGAAAAAUUCUGCCGUUUGAUGCAAGUGCGUUUAUCUUCUUGAAAACAGUAUUCUAGGAAACAUGGUGAUGCUACGUGCAAAUUACGAAGAAUCGACUUUCCGUUGGACGAUUACGCAAUUUAGCGAUGAAUACCGAAAAGUGUCACCAGAAUUUGUGGUCCAAAAUUUCCCAUUCCAAUUGGAAAUGCGAAAAGUGCGAACAAUUCAAGAAAAUACCCUGAAAAUGUAUUUGAACCGAACGAAUGGACUGAAGGACGUGGAAUUGACAUGUAUGGUGUCUGUCGAGUUCAAGUUAUUGUCGUUCGAUGAAAAUGUUGAGCCGCAUUGCAAAUCAUUGGUUGCUGCUGAAUAUGGUCCGAAUGGUGGCGCAUACUCAUCAGUAUCUUUAAUAUCGCUCAUCGAUCUCUCUGACCCGGACAAAAAGUUUGUACGGAAUGACGCAAUCGUUCUUGAAAUUCACGUAAAGGCUGAUCCACCACAAAACGACACGGCCCGGCUACCACGACUUCAAACACUUUGGAAUGAUGAUUCGGCAAUCAAGCUACAUCUAACGGUCAAAGAAAUUGGUCAACGGAUUGGAAUAAUCUCGCCCGUAUUUUCUCUCCGAGACAUUUCAUGGCAGCUUUGUGUCUACCGAAACGAUGAUACACUUGACGUUCGACUGCGGCCAGUUCACAGGGAUUUGAUAAAGAGCGCCCAACGUGUGUCAUCAACCAUCAAAUUGCUGCCCUUCAGUCCACUACACAGUGCACACGAACGAAAUUAUAGCGGACAAAUUGAUGGGAACGACAUCGUCCUGGUUUUCAAACAGUUCAUACAAUGGAAUGAAUUGGUCAAUCCAUUGAAACAUUUCAUACGUGACGGCUGCAUCAAAUUGGAUAUUGUCUUCAAAGCAAAUGAUGCACAACAAUCGGUUCCUUCGAGUCAACGUCUGAAUGACAGCGGUAUUGGUUGCCCGAUUUGCCUAGAAAGUCUACUGGACUUGAUGGCUGUUUCGCUCAAAUGUGGCCAUAUAUAUUGCAAGGCAUGUGUUGACAACUCCAUCAGGGCGAAGAAACAGUGUCCGAUUUGUCGUACAAAGGUCCUCGCCAGCCAAAUUCGUCCUGCAUACCUACCCUACGCCAAUUAAUUCUUCCGAAUGCAUCUUGAAUCGGCAAACCAAACAUUGAUCGAACGGAACAAUGACGAAUUUAUGACAGAUCAACUUUAAAAAUGCAGGACGAAGCCGACGUCAAAAUGUAUCAGUGAACAAAUUUCUUUUGGCGUUUCGAGCAAAUCUAUUUUCUAAGCCAUGAAUGCCCCUGGUUCGGACAUUUUUUUUCUUCUAAAGAAACAACCAACAGACAACUAAAUCUCAAAACCAUAACAAUUAUCAUCGUUUUCACACCUUUGGAUGAAAUCAUUUUAAAAUAAAGAAUACAAAUAGAAAAUAUGCAAUAAAUAUCAUCAUGUGCAUGAGUGUCAUUUGUUUUCUUAGUCAUUAUUUACUAUUCAAUGCAACCGAUAGUCGCUGAAAUCACUCAAUUUCGUAAGUUUCAUAUUUAGUUUGGUUCUUUCUUGUUUAGAUUACAGCGCUCGCGACCUCUGGUCUACAUACACAAAAUCGAAAAAACAGAACCAUUCAUUUCAAGCGGAUCGUGUGAUCGUUGCUGUGUAUGUGUGAACGUCUCUCAAAAUUGAGAAUUUUUAGCAACUGUCAUUCAGUUCAACAUUGACUCUUGCUGCCAAGCAAUAAGACACACAAUCACAAUAUUUGUGUUUAUUUAAUCAAAAUCAAACGAUUCGUCCCAAAAUGGCGGUGCCAACAUUCGAAAUAAUAGAAACGAAAUUGCUCAUUACGGUUUUCGAUGCGCCAUUAUUACAGUUGGAAAAUUAUGAAUUGAAACUUCGUGGUUGCAAUUGGAUGUUUCAUGUGGAACGAGCAACGAACGAGAGCGGCGAUGGCAUCAAUGUUCAUUUGGAGCGCAUUUUCACCGAUGACGAUAGUUCAUACAGAUGCAUUGCAACAGCGCAAAUCGAAUUGAAAUCGUUUGAUGACCACGCACCAUCACAUGUCGAUCAAAUUGCACCGAGAGAAUUUAGUACGUUGCAUCGAAAAUGGUCUCUGACACCGUUCAUCGAUUGGGACCAGCUCAUCAAUCCAACUAAUCGUUUCAUUGACGAUAGUCAAAUUCAAAUGAUGGUGACAUUCAAAGUUGACGAGCCGAAAAAACAUGGCGAAGACGCAACGGUCGACUUUCAUGUAUUGCAUCCAGGUACUGAAUCAUCCGAAUUGAAGUUGGGUUCAACAUUCAACAAAAUUUCAAAGAUGCCAGCGGCCUUGUCGCCUGAAUUUCUCGUGUUUGGCAUGCCAAUGCGAAUUCAAGUUUACAAAAAUGAUAAGCAUAACGAUGAUCAGAACGGUUCGUUGUGUGUGUACAUGUGGAAUUGGCGAAACAUUGACGAUGAAGGCGCACCACAGAAAAUAACAUUCCAGUCGAAAUUCAAGUUGUUAGCCUAUAAAUCCGAAGACAACACUUGGCUAUCGAGCGAUGACAAAGCGACGUGCGAACGUAAUACGGGUACACGGGAAAUCAGCAAAAAUGCGGCCUGGGCCGGUUUUGAACACUUCCUUUCGUGGCACGAUUUGAAGAAGGCUCAUAUGUCACCAGAUGGAACGAUUCGAAUGGAAAUCGAAAUGAAGCAGAUAAAACCAAUUGAAAACAAGGCGGCCAAAAGGGAAUGGGAGAAUAGCGCCAGUGGAAGCGGUUACAAUGAAAAGAACAUGAAGCCAACCAUCGUCAGUGCGAUCAAAUGCUCAAGCUGCUUCGAAGAUAUGUUUCGUCAAACGCUGUUGCGUGUUCAAUGUGGGCAUCUCUAUUGCAGUACCUGUAUUGAAACUGACCUAAGGCAACGCAAAGAAUGUGUGGUGUGCAACGAACCACUCGAUCCCGAUGUGCCACCCCAAAUCAUUUUAUUCGAUUGAAAAACAUCGAUCUUCAAAUAUUAUCUCACGUAUUUUCAUUUACUUCUACUUCAUACAUGACUCUACUUGGUGGGAAUUAAAUAGAUAAAAACAAAACUCUACUUAAAAUUAAGUAAUCUAAUCAAACAAUCGAAUAUUGACGACAAACAAAUAAAUAUGUAAUAUGCCAUGAUACUACGCACUACAUGAUGCGAAAAAUUCUAUAAGAAAUAUCUACUUUUUUAAUCAAAUGUUCCAUUAAAAAUAAAACCAAGAUCUGCAAAUUGAAUGGAAUAAAAUUUUUACGUUUUUGAAAUAGAAAUAAAAAUUGUUCCUAAAAUCCA